UAUCACGAAACAGCCUUAACCUUGUUGUUAUACACAUGUAUUCACUGUGCAAAAAAACGGAGGUUGCCUUGUGCUGUCUAAACUUCAGUCAGACAUGGAAAACAGCAAUGAAGACGGAACUUGCAAUAUACAUCAGGCGUCUAUCAAGGAAGGAAGGAUGAACCACUACGUCUGUGAGAUGGAGUGCCCACCUCUGGCAUUAACAUCUACCUUUGUUGUGCUCCGAUAACCGCAAGUGAAAGGCUUUGAUUGCCGCAAAGAGUUCACAAUAGAUCCCAGCUCCUUUUGGGAGUGAGCUCAAGGCCAAGAUGCAACAAAUUAUAGAAGAAAGGAUGGAGGCCAACUUGUGGACAGCUAUUCUCAUUGGAGCUGUGACAAUUGUGUCCCUUGUGGGAGGUGUCGUUUUCCUUCUCUACAGAAGAUACAGGCUGUCAAAGGAGGGGGCAGGCAUACCACAUUAUCGGUUUCGAAAAAGAGACAAGGUUAUGUUCUACGGCCGAAAGAUAAUGAGAAAGGUCCAGACAUUGUCCUCUCCCACCAACUCCUCCAACUCCACCUCCCGGCAGAGGAUACGGAAGAGGACCAAAGUCCUGUCUAUAGCUCACAAGAUCCUCCAUAUCCCAAGGGAUCCCCCCUCCUUGCAGCCUAAGGAGCCCCCUUCCUGUUUGCUAGAAGCAGACUUGACAGAAUUUGAUGUGCAGAACUCCCACCUACCAUCUGAGGUGCUAUACAUGCUUAAAAAUGUCAGGGUGCUUGGACACUUUGAGAAGCCCCUCUUCCUGGAGCUAUGCCGCCACAUGGUCAUGAUCUUGCUGCAUCAAGGAGAGUCUCUAUUUCGCCCAGGUGAUACAGAUGACAGUAUAUAUGUUGUCCAAGAUGGACGCCUAGAGCUGUGCAUCCGCGAGAGUGAUGGCACAGAUGCUGUGGUGAAAGAGGUUUUACAAGGGGACAGUGUCCACAGUCUGCUCAGUAUAUUAGAUAACAUCACUGGUUACCCAGCUCCAUACAAGACGGUAUCUGCGAGGGCUGCUGUUCCCUCCACUGUCCUGCGUCUUCCAGCUGCAGCAUUUCAAUCAGUCUUUGACAAAUAUCCUGAAACUCUGGUUCGUGUUAUCCAGAUCAUCAUGGUGCGUCUCCAGAGAGUGACCUUCCUCGCCUUGCACAACUAUCUUGGCCUCACCACUGAGCUCUUCAACACGGACAGUCAAGCCAUCUCUUUAGUAUCAGUGGCUCAUGUCUUAGGUGAGGCUCAUCCACAUAGAGGUCUUCACAGGCAGCCUUCCCACUCUGAUGAGUUUGGGUCUGACAAAGUCGAUCGAGAAAAGACCAACAUUUCUGAAAUUUCAAGUUCAAAAUCCAAGACGUCUCGCUCGUUGUCUACCCCACUCGCUGUCACAGGUGAAAUGUCAAUGGAUCUCAAUAAAGCUUCUGAACGAGCAAGGGUUGCUAAGGAAGACACUAUGCCCUCUGGUCAAGUUAAGUCUAUUUUAAAGAAGACUGUGGCAAUGCAGCGGAGUCCUUCGGCAGUUUAUGAAUAUAGUGAAGCUGGAACAGGACAUUACCACCAUAAUAAAGUCAAUGCUAUUUUCCAAGCGGCGAAAAAGGACCUGCUCCAAGUUAUCCAGCUCCAGGAUCCUGGUUUACUGGAGGGUAGGGUGACUUUUCGCCAGGUCAAAGCUAAUUCGGUUGUGGCCCACCAAGGAGACCAGGAUGUGAGUGUGGCAUUUGUCAUCUCAGGUUUACUCCAUGUGUACCAGCGUAUGAUUGACCGCGAGGAGGAGACGCUUCUUUUUGUGACCCACCCAGGAGAGAUAGUGGGACAUCUAGCUGUGCUCACGGGGGAACCUCUUAUCUUCACCACACGUGCUCACAAAGACUGCACCUUCCUCUCCAUUUCAAAGGCUCACUUUUAUGAGAUAAUGCGUGAGGAGCCUAGAGUUGUGUUGAAUGUAGCGCAUACGGUAGUGAAGAGGGUGUCACCCUUUGUCAGGCAGAUUGACUUUGCCUUGGACUGGAUGGCUUUGGAGGCUGGCCGUGCUGUCUACAGACAAGGAGAAAAGUCCGACAGCACCUUUAUUGUCCUCAGUGGCCGUUUGCGCUCUGUCAUUGCAAAGGAUAAUGGGAAGAAGGAGCUUGCAGGAGAGUAUGGUCGCGGGGACCUAAUUGGCGUGGUUGAGGCCCUGACCCACAUGAACCGAGCCACUACGGUCCACGCUGUGAGGGACUCUGAGCUGGCCAAGCUGCCUGAAGGCGCUCUCAACUCAAUUAAGAGGCGCUAUCCUCAGGUUGUCACCAGGCUGAUUCAUUUGCUGGGACAGAAGAUCUUGGGCAAUAUGCAGCAGGUCAAUGGACCCCUGGCUGCUAGAAGUCUCCCCCUCCACACAGCAAAUAGUAAGUGGGAUGCUGGUAAUCCUGUCACCAACCUGUCCACUGUGGCCAUUUUGCCUGUUUCUGAUGAGAUUCCUCUCAUGGCCUUCACCUUGGAGCUGCAGCAUGCACUUAGUGGUAUUGGGCCUACAUUACUCCUGACAAGUGACAUAAUUAAACAGCGCCUGGGCUCUGCUGCUUUGGACAGUGUCCAUGAGUAUCGUCUUUCCAGUUGGCUCGGCCAGCAGGAAGACAUCCACCGCAUCGUCCUCUAUCAAUCUGACUCUGGCCUUACUCCUUGGACGCAGCGCUGCAUCCGCCAGGCUGAUUGCAUCAUUAUUGUGGGACUGGGUGAACAAGAGCCAACAGUUGGAGAGUUGGAGCAAAUGUUGGAGAGCAGUGCUGUUAGGGCCCAGAAGCAAUUGGUAUUGCUGCACAGGGAGGAUGGUCCUCCACCCAAAGGGACUGCUGAGUGGCUGAACAUGCGGAGUUGGAUCUCCACACACCAUCACUUGUCCUGUCCUCGGAGAGUUUUCUCCAGGAGAAGUUUGCCUAAAUUGAGAGAACUGUACCAACGUGUGUUUGAAAAGUGUCCAGAACGGCACUCUGAUUUCUCACGCCUGGCCAGGAUUUUAACAGGAAACAGCAUUGCUGUUGUGCUCGGUGGAGGAGGUGCCAGGGGUUGCUCCCAGGUUGGUAUCAUUCGGGCACUGAAUGAGGCAGGGAUCCCCGUGGACAUUGUGGGUGGUACCUCCAUCGGGUCAUUCAUGGGAGCGCUGUAUGCUGAGGAGAAAAGCAACAGUCGAAUGAGGAUUCGGGCUCGUGAAUGGGCAAUGGAUAUGACAUCCCUCUUCAAGAAGUUCGUGGAUUUAACCUACCCUGUCACUUCCAUGUUUUCUGGGGCUUCCUUUAACUCUGGCAUUAGAUCAGUUUUUAAAGGCAAACAGAUCGAGGACUUGUGGCUACCAUACUUCAACAUUACAACAGAUAUCACAGCUUCCUCCAUGAGAGUUCACACUGAUGGUUCACUGUGGCGUUAUGUCCGUGCCAGUAUGUCACUGUCUGGUUACCUUCCUCCUCUUUGUGAUCCCAAAGAUGGCCACUUACUGAUGGAUGGGGGUUACAUCAACAAUCUACCUGCUGACGUGGCUCGCUCCAUGGGCGCCAAAGUUGUAAUUGCUGUAGAUGUUGGAAGUAGAGCUGAAACCAAUUUGACCAACUAUGGUGAUUCCCUGAAUGGGUGGUGGCUUCUGUGGAAACGAUUCAACCCUCUAGCUGAGAAAGUCAAGGUACUUAAUAUGGCAGAGAUCCAAACCCGACUUGCUUAUGUUUGUUGUGUCAGACAACUUGAGUCGGUUAAAGACAGUGACUACUGUGAGUAUAUCCGCCCUCCCAUCGACCGCUAUGGCACAUUGGAGUUUGGCAAGUUUGAUGAAAUUGCUGAAGUGGGAUACCAGCAUGGGAAGACACUGUUUGAUGUUUGGCAGCGGAGUAGUGUGGUGGACAGCAUGCUUAAAGACAGACAUCAGGAGGAAUUCCAUAAGACCAAAAGUAGUCACGUGGUCACAUGUCCAAAUGCCUCCUUUACGGACCUGGCCGAGAUUGUGUCACGAAUCGACCCUGUCAAGACUGCAUUAAUUGAAGAGGAACUAUCAGAAGAUUACCAGACCGACUAUGAUGAGGAGGCAGUAGAAAGCCCACUGUCUGACUUUGAGACGUUCAUGCCUGGUAGCAGAUACACAGAAGGAGAGGAGAUAGGCGACACUGCCGAAACGGACGAGGAAAUCCAAGUCAGAAUGCGACACCGGGCCAAUCAUUCACAAGAAAGUCGUCACCUCUAAUGUUCAUCAAACCUUAUAAGUGCCUGUCAGGACUAUUGCCCACAAAACAGUUUCAGCACAGUAUUUCUUUGAGAAAACUCACCCAAUUUUCAAUACUGAUCACUAGGGGUGUAACGAUACAUCGAUACACAUCGAUUAAUCGAUAUAAUGCUCUACGAUUUAUUGGCAUCGAUGCUAAACGUAAACAUCGAUUUAUAUCGCCGUGUUUGACCUCGGACAUUAGACGCGACUUUAUUUUGAAAUCCAGUUCAUUGUUGCUAGCUUCCUCUUUCCGGGAGCAGUGCGCCCGGCGUUGUUAUGUUGUGAGCAGAGCAGGCACGUGAAAGGGGAGUCGACAACUAGUACGCUGCUCCUGGGCUGGUGCUAUGGCUAGUGUCCAAAAAGAUGAGGAAAUUUGCUCCCCUUUAGGCUUCAAGUCAUUCGUUUGGAAGCACUUUGGAUUCCAAAGAAAAGAUGGCUCAACCGACAAGACACUUGCAGUUUGUAAAUCCUGCCAUGCGGUGAUAAAAUAUUCAGGGAGCACAAAUCUCGCCGCACAUUUAAAGAAAAAACACGACAUCAAAGUUCAGUGUUAAAAUAAGCACUUUGUAUACUGCAAUACUCUUGUAAUUUCCUAAAUAAAGAGUUUGCAGUACCUUGUUGAUUUUGCGUAUGAAUUGUUAUAAAUCAGGAAAUUGUUCUAUAUUUUUUUAUUUAAAAAAAAAAAUCGAUCGUAGAGCACUAUAUCGCGAUAUAUCGUGAUUGAAUCGCAGCAGGCUUUCAGAUAUCGGCAAAUAUCGUAUCGUAGUUCUUUGUAUCGAUAUUAUAUCGUAUCGUGACAAAACCCGCGAUUUACACCCCUACUGAUCACUGAUGGUCUUCAAACGAUUGUCUUGAGUAAAUGUGGGAAAAUAUAUUGACUUAAUGGCACAUUUAAUGACUGAAAAACUCUCACAUCAGCCCAGUUUUAUUUGGAGAAGAAAAUCAAACAGACUGUCUUUGCUGCUAUAUGUUUAUAUCUUUGGUAAAGUGUCAGAAGACAACCAUGAUAACUUUGGAACAGUUUCAUGCAUACCUUUGACUCAUGGACUACAUUUCACAGUGUUAGACUAUGGUGUGUAUUUAGUAUACUGUAUGUUGACACCCGCCUAACACUACUCACUGUCCUUUUUUCAAAUGUAUGUGAAAAGUAAAAGUGUGGAAAAAAAAGCUUGUUUUGUCAGCAUC